UCUCGGUGGACAGCUGGGCAGCCGGAGAUCUCCAGCGGGACAGGAGUGUGCCGGGUGCUGCCGAGCCUGCCACACGGACUUGGCCACCGCGGGAGCACAGCGACUCCAUCCUCGGAUUGGCAACCCGGAGCUCGGGCCGCCGUCAGGAAACUGAGGCCAGGGAGCCAUUGGGUGACUUCGUGGAUAUCACGACCCCGCUGGGAGUGACAGGCCGGACUCAGACCGGGCUGACCUGAGCAGAAGGAGAAGGAGAUCCUGCUGGCGAAGCGAGCGCUCUCUGAACCAAGGACACCAUGGCCACGUCAGCCCCUUUUCGGAGCCUGGAGGAGGAGGUGACCUGCUCCAUCUGCCUCGAUUACCUGCGGGACCCCGUGACCAUCGACUGUGGCCACGUCUUCUGCCGCGUCUGUACCAGUGACAUCCGUCCAGUCUCGGGCAACCGCUCCGUCUGUCCCCUCUGCAAGAAAUCUUUCAAGAAGGAGAACAUCCGGCCUGUGUGGCAGCUUGCCAGCCUGGUGGAGAACAUCGAGCGGCUGAAGGUGGACAAGGGCCGGCAGCAGGGGCAAGUGGCCCGGGAGCACCAGGAUGCCAGGCUGUGCGAGCGGCACCAGGAGAAGCUCCAUUACUACUGUGAGGACGACGGGAAGCUGCUGUGCGUGAUAUGCCGGGAGUCGCGCGAGCACAGGCCCCACACGGCCGUCCUGGUGGAGAAGGCCGUGCAGCCCCACAAGGACAAGGUCGUGAACCACCUGGGGAUCUUACGGAGAGACCGAGACAAAAUUCAGGGCUUUCAAACAAAGGGAGAAUCUGAUCUCACAACUUCCCUGAAGAAGCUGCAAGAGCAGAGGCAGAACAUCGUGGUUGAGUUUGAGCAAGGCCACCAGUUCCUGAGGGAGCGGGAGCAGCAUCUGCUGGAUGAGCUGGGGAAGCUGGAGCAGGAGAUCCUGGAGAGCAGGGAGAAGUACAGGGCCAGGACUGCUGCGGAGAUCGCCCGCCUCACCCAGGCCAUCACUGAACUGGAGGCCAAAGUGAAGCAACCUGCUGCGGAGCUCCUGCAGGACUCCAAAGACCUCUUGAGCAGGUACCCACGGAAGAAGUUCUGGGCUGGGAAGCCCGUGUCUCCCGUGGUGAAGAAGAAGACGGGCGAGCUCUCGGACAAGGUUCUGUCUCUGCAGCGAGGCCUGCGGGAGUUCCAGGGGAAGCUGCUCAGAGACUUGGAAUACAAGAAAGUGAGUGUGACCCUGGACCCGCAGUCGGCCAGCGGGUACCUGCAGCUGUCGGAUGACUGGAAGUGUGUGACCUACAGCGGCAUGUACCACGGUCACUACCUGCACCCCCAGCAGUUUGACUGUGAGCCGGGGGUGCUGGGCAGUAAAGGCUUCACCUGGGGCAAAGUCUACUGGGAAGUGGAGCUGGAGAGGGAUGGCUGGUCUGAGGAUGACGAGGAGGGGGACGAGGAGGAAGAGGGAGAGGAGGAGGAGGAGGAAGAGGAGGAGGUCAGCUAUGGCUACCGACAUGAUGACUGGGAGACGGAUGAAGAUGAGGAGUCUCUGGGGGAAGAGGAGGAGGAGGAGGGAGAGGAGGGGGAGGAGGAGGAAGUCCAAGAGAGCUGCAUGGUGGGGGUGGCCAGGGACUCCCUGAAGAGGAAGGGAGAUCUCUCCUUGAGGCCGGAGGAUGGGGUGUGGGCACUGCGCCUCUCUUCCGCGGGCAUCUGGGCCAACACUGACCCCGAGGCUGAGCUUUUCCCCAGGCUGCGGCCCCGGAGAGUGGGCGUCGCCCUGGAUUACGAAGGGGGCACCGUGACUUUCACCAACGCGGAGUCCCAAGAGCUCCUGUACACCUUCACCACCACCUUCACCAGGCGCCUGGUCCCUUUCCUGUGGCUCAAGUGGCCGGGAACACGCCUCCUGCUGAGACCCUGAGCCCCGACGCCUGCCCUCAGCCCUGCACGCACUGAUGCCUCUUCUCUGGAAGCCCAGGACUCUGGGGGGGUUUGGGGGGGCAGGGCACUUGGGUAGGGCUGCUAUAGUGGGGGACAGCGGACCCCACGCCAGAGCAGCCCCUCCCUGUGACUGUGGCCCCACUCAGUGCUACUGGUCCUUCCAUGCUGCGCAGCCCUAAAAGUUUCCUGUGUGAAAUUUGACCCUGAGGUCCAUGGGGGUCCUGCCACCUUUCUGACCACUGCCCUGGCUCUCCUGGUUGGGUAGGAUGGAAAGCGUCCUUUCCCUGCCCAGUGCAGCAUCUCAUGCCAGCUGUUCUUGGGAAAGUCAGUUGAUGUGACAUCUGUCAAGUCCCAUAGCCCCCCUUGCCCAAAGCCUCUACUGCCAGCUUCUCUGACGCUCUAAACGGACUGGCAGAGUUACACAAACAUGAGCAUGCCCAGAAGGAAAACCUGCUGCGUCUCCUAGGCCGAUUCAGUGGCAGAGGAAUCAUCUCCUGUGAGGUCCAGGGGGCGUCUGCUUCUCGGACCACAGCUGAGUGUAUGAGGUGGGGCUUCCUGGUUUUUUUCGAAGGUUCUCGAUGCAUGUGGCUUUGGGGUAACAUCAAAUGCUUAGUGUGGGCUGGGCCUUGUAAAGAGAAUCCAGAAUAUUCUGCCCUUGAUCAGCCCAAUUUAAAAACCCCAGGGCAAACAUCCGGUCAGACAAACCUUGUCUUGGAGGCUGAUCAGUCUACUAAGCUGGCACUGGUACAGCUCAACAUGCAGGUUCCAUUUCCCUUGGAGAGGGGCUGGGAGUCAAGCCUGGGCUGUGUGGGAGCGGAGAGGGUGGCAGCAGGAGUCGGAGAUGCACCUACUGGGCCUUACUGUCAAGAGGGUUACGGUGUGUCCUUGCUGCCUGCAGGCCAGGUAGCCUUGCUGCUUCAUCCUUCCCCAUUCCAUGCACGGGGCCAGUCCCUCCUGAUCUGCUUUCAAUCCCCCCCACACACAACCACACACACUCUUGUUACCAACCCCAUGGAUCCUGGUGGCCUCUUAGCACACAUGGUCUCAAACUGGCGCUCUUGUAUCACAUGCUGCCUGAGUCACGUCUGAUUUUGCCUCUACUUUUGUAGCCUUGAGGGCAGGUUCCAUAUCUUAUGCUUCUGUAUUCGCCACAGCCCACUGCACCUUAUGCAAUGCUGGGCACAGAGUAGGUGCUCAAUAAAAGCUGACGUGAACAACCUGAUGACGGAUUUUAUACGUAUCUCAAUCACCAGACCUCAGUCAUAUAGAGACCUCCCCUUGAUUGUCCUCAUGCUGUCAUUUCUGGCCCCCACCUUGGGACACCGACCAGCCAAGGCUGAGUUUUACCUUGUCCUCCAUCCCCUGCAGUGGUGGCCCUGAGCUGAGGCCCAGGGUCCGGAGGGUGUGGUAGGCUCCCUGUGAAAGCCGCGGGCAUCAGGCAUGCCAUGGUUCCCCCUGGAGAAUAAGCAGGGCCCCAAAUGCUGCAGAACCUUAGACUGAGCCCUGCCUCCCAGCACCUUGAACUGGGUAGCCCGUGCUGGUCCUCACCGACCUUUUAGAACAUUAAAAAAAAAAAAAAAAACUAUGCAUACAGAACUGGGGUACAGGA